AUGGCACAGGUGACGAUCAGAACAAAGAGCAGACAGGGAGACUUCUACCUGGACAUGGAUCACCUGCUGAUGCUGAUGCUGCAGCUGCUGCUGCUGCUGCGGAGCUCAGGAGUCCAGGUUGGGGCAAAACACAGUUCUACAGAGCCUGGUGAUGUCAGGCUGGUGGGAGGAGCCAGUCACUGUGCAGGAACACUGGAGGCAAAACAUCUGGGAGAGUGGAGACCAUUAUCUCCUCUGAGGGAAUGUACAACAUCAGAUUACACUGACCAAAUCCUGAAACUGACCUGUGCAGACUCUGUCAGGCUGCUGAAUGGUUCCAGUCUGUGUUCAGGCAGACUGGAGGUGAAGUCUGACCAGAGCUGGUCCUCAGUGUGUGAAGCUGACUUUGACCAGCAGGAUGCAGAGGUGGUCUGUAGGGAGCUUCGCUGUGGGCCUCCUUCAGUCCUCCAGGGGGUGCUGUAUGGAGAAGUGGAGGCUCCAGUGUGGAGCAAAGUGCUCCACUGUGGAGGCCAUGAGUCUGCUCUCCUGGACUGUAGAAGCUCAGGCUCAGCUAGAAACAGCUGCUCACCUGGCAAAGCUGUUGGACUCACCUGCUCAGUUCAGGUUGGUGGGAGGAGCCAGUCGCUGUACAGAUCUCCUCUGAGGGACUGUGCAACAUCGCAUUACACUGACCAAAUCCUGAAACUCACCUGCUCAGACUCUGUCAGGCUGCUGAAUGGUUCCAGUCUGUGUUCAGGCAGACUGGAGGUUAAGUCUAACCAGAGCUGGUCCUCAGUGUGUGAAGCUGACUUUGACCAGCAGGAUGCAGAGGUGGUCUGUAGGGAGCUCGGCUGUGGGCCUCCUUCGGUCCUCCAGGGGGCGCUCUAUGAAGAAGUGGAGGCUUCAGUGUGGAGCAAAGAGUUCCAGUGUGGAGGCCAUGAGUCUGCUCUCCUGGACUGUAGAAGCUCAGGCUCAGCUAGAAACAGCUGCUCACCUGGCAAAGCUGUUGGACUCACCUGCUCAGAGCCUGUCAGGUUGGUGGGAGGAGCCAGUCACUGUGCAGGAACACUGGAGCUGAAAUAUCUGGGAGAGUGGAGACCAGUAUAUGACCUUCUCUGGUCCCUUAAGAAGGCAGUUUUACUCUGUUACCAUCUAGACUGUGGCUCAGCUGUUUCUGUCACACAGAAGAAGGAGUCUACAUGGAGAUCUAAAUGGAGUAUCAGUCCUUACUGUGUUCAGCCAGGAUGUCUUCUGAGAGAAUGUGCAAUAUCGGAUUACAAUCACUUCAUCCUGAAUAUCACUUGCUCAGACUCUGUCAGGCUGCUGAAUGGUUCCAGUCUGUGUUCAGGCAGACUGGAGGUAAAGUCUAACCAGAGCUGGUCCUCAGUGUGUGAAGCUGACUUUGACCAGAAGGAUGCAGAGGUGGUCUGCAGGGAGUUUGGCUGUGGGCCUCCUUUGGUCCUCCAGGGGGCGUUCUAUGGAGAAGUGGAGGCUUCAGUGUGGAGCAAAGAGUUCCAGUGUGGAGGCCAUGAGUCUGCUCUCCUGGACUGUAGAAGCUCAGGCUCAGCUAGAAACAGCUGCUCACCUGGCAAAGCUGUUGGACUCACCUGCUCAGAGUCUGAUGAUGUCAGGCUGGUAGGAGGACCCAGUCGCUGUGCAGGUACACUGGAGUUAAAACAUCUUAGAGAAUGGAGACCAAUGGGGUACUCUGAUGAUUCCUGGACCCUGAAGGCAGCAGCUGUUGUGUGUGAACAACUGGACUGUGGCUCAGCUGUUUCUAUGGAAGCGGCACAGUCCUCAUACAAAUUUGUGUGGUUGAUCAGGUCUUCCUGUAUUGUGUCCAAAACUCCUCUGUCCAAUAGGGAUUGUGCAAUAUCAGAUCAGCUUGACUACAUCCUGAAACUCACCUGCUCAGACUCUGUCAGGCUGCUGAAUGGUUCCAGUCUGUGUUCAGGCAGACUGGAGGUGAAGUCUAACCAGAGCUGGUCCUCAGUGUGUGAAACCGACUUUGACCAGCAGGAUGCAGAGGUGGUCUGUAGGCAGCUCGGCUGUGGGCCUCCUUCGGUCCUCCAGGGGGCGCUCUAUGGAGAAGUGGAGGCUCCAGUGUGGAGCAAAGAGUUCCAGUGUGGAGGCCAUGAGUCUGCUCUCCUGGACUGUAGAAGCUCAGGCUCAGCUAGAAACAGCUGCUCACCUGGCAAAGCUGUUGGACUCACCUGCUCAGAUAAUGAUGUCAGGCUGGUAGGAGGACCCAGUCGCUGUGCAGGUACACUGGAGUUAAAACAUCUGGCAGGAUGGAGACCAUUGUGUGGCUCUCAUGAUUCCUGGACCCUGAAAGAAGCAGCUGUUUUCUGUGAACAUCUGGACUGUGGCUCAGCUGUUUCUAUAGAAAAGCGACGCUCCUCACGCACAUCUGCAUGGUUGAUUACACCUGAGUGUGUUCUAUCCACAUCUCCUUUGAGGGGUUGUGCAACGACAGAUUCUUCUUACCAAAUCCUGAAACUAACCUGUUCAGACUUCCUGGUUCAGCCAGUCAUCUCUGUGUCCUCCAUGAACGGGGUUUCCAAAGCCCAGCAGCAGGAGCUUCGGGUAUCAAGGGGCUCUAACUUCACCAUCAGCUGCUCCAUCCAGCCACAGUACCCAGGAGGCUUCUUCCAGCUCACCUUCACCUCCUCCAACACAGCAUACAACUACACCCAACCAGCUGUCAAUCACUCUGCUUAUUUCCUGUUUCCUGCUGCAAAGCUCGCCCACCAAGGAAACUACAGCUGUGUUUAUCACGUCUAUGCUAUCGCUCAUAACUUCUCCUCUGAGAGCCGCCUGCUGUCUGUCACUGUGUCAGCUCCAACAGAUUUCACAGUUCUCAUCACAAUGCUCAUCCUACCGCUGACUCUGCUGCUGGUGAUCACUGCCCUUUAUUUCUACUGUCAGGCCAGCAGGGGGCAGAAAUCCAGCAGACAGAAGAACACUGAGCUGCUUGACUCUAAUCAGGGUGUUUGUGCAGGUGAAGGAGGGACGGCUGCAAAUAAAGGAGUUCAGCAGGACCUCCAAAGAGCUCAUCCUACAGCCACAUGAAUUAAUCAGCUGAUGUGAGCGACCAUCAGCUCAGUUUUCUGCUGAAGACUUAAAUCUGUAAACACACCUCACUAACAAAUAUCUUCAUUAAUUAUUCUGAAAUGUGUAGAGAUAGAUCACCCACCAGGGAAGGCGGUGAGGCAACAUUUUAAAAAUGCAGUGUAACACUGGAAUGUGGAUCAUUUACACUGCAGUCAAACAGGCCUCAACAUCAGCUUAUGACUUCUUGGUAACCACUGGUCACUAUGGAAGAAUGUGGAUUCCUUCACUGGCAGUCUUCUGGUGAAAUUGGUGCUGCACUGAAAAGCUCCCUCGCUUUGGUGUCUGCAGGCUGACGAGCUCGCUGCAGUUUGCAUAGAAAACACAGACUUGUCUGCAAAAGUUUGCCAACUGCUCACAGACUACGUUCAAUAUCCUUUUACUUCCAUUUAUGUAAGAAAGACAUUUUUAGUAUUUAGAAGAAGUAGUUGCUGUGAUGUUUCAUGCUGUGUUUUCUUUUUAAUUACUCCUUUCUUGACUCUUCUGGCUUUUAUUAUCCACUCUUCCUGUUUGCAUCAGCCAGUAAAGGCUCACAUUCACUUCAUUCUGUAGUGUCAUGUGUUUGCAUUUGAUCCUUGGCCAACAGGAUACUGCUCCCUUCAUCCAACACUAACAUCACAGAAGAACACAAGGUUAUUGUCUGCUUCCUUUAUCCUUAAUAAAAUGUUCUGAGUCAUUUUCAAAAUAAAUAUGUGCUUUAAUUGGAAAAACAUUUAUUUUUUGUAAAGUGGUAUGUUAUAAAAGUAUGUCACGCAUCAAAUAAACUAAUGGAUGUAUACUCUGAA